AUGCCGGUAGAUCUUGAAAUUGAAAGAAGGUUGGAUUUUUCCAUGGCUGUAAAUCAAGGGAAUGCAAUAAAUCAUGCUGCCAAUGAUGUCGAAGGGGCAGUAGCUGCUGAGGUCCCUGCUGAUCAAGGGGCUAGAAGUUUAAGAGAUUAUGUACUCCCAAUUGUUACGGGAGUGCAUUCAUGCAUCAAACCUUCAUCAAUUGAUGCGAAUAAUUUUGAGAUUAAGCCAGCUGUUUUGCAAAUGGUCCAAUCUUCUGUUCAGUUUGGAGGCUUGCCUACAGAAGACCCUAACUUACACAUAGCUAAUUUUUUAGAGCUUUGUGCGACCUUUAAACUGAAUGGAGUGAGCGAUGACACGAUAAGGUUGAGCUUAUUUUCAUUUUCACUAAGGGACCGAGCAAAGAGUGGUACAACUUGCACUAUCAUAGAUACAGCAGCAGGAGGGGAAUUUAUGAGCAAGAGUGCCAACGAAGCUUAUGAUCUACUAGAAGAGAUGGCCAUGAACAAUUACCAGUGGCCUAUUGAGAGAGAAAAUACAAAGAAUGUGGCUGGGAUGAUUGAAUUAGAUGUCAUCUCAAUGCUUACAACUCAAGUGGCAUCCUUGGCGAAACAACUACAACAGAAUAACUUCACAGCUCAAGCCAUGCAAUUACAAAGUGUGUGUGAAAUAUGUGGAAUGGCGCAUCCACCUAACAAGUGUCCUGCAAUGGAUUUAAAUAAUUUUCCUAUGGAACAAGUUCAAGCCAUAAGAAAUAGCCAAAGACCAGCCAAUAACCCAUAA